UAUUUUACAAGUUUCUUGAAGUCAUCUUCUUUAGACAACACUACAAUAUUGAUAACAAUAACUUUGUCUUUGUCUUUGCCACCUUCUGUGCUCUAACAGGAUCCUCCACUGAAUGGUACUACAGGAGCAACUCUAGGACGUCCUCGUCUUUAAGUUUCUAGUUCAUAAUGUAUCGUCAACGUGAAACCAACCCUUAUUUUCUUCCACCAAAUAUCCCUCCCCUUGAACAUGCACCAAAACAUCCUCAUUUCUCUCCAAUUCCUACGGAGAUGCCCAAUGCAAGAGAUCAAACACAUGGCUCUGACUCUCAUUUUCCAAAUCCAACGUUGCCAGUGCCAACACGACAGCAACCACAGCAAUAUUCAGAAUCACAACCCUAUUCUGGUGAAUCUCAUUUACCAACAUCAGUACCGCCACCACGACAACAACCACAACAACAUUCAGGGCCACAACCCUAUUCUGGUGACUCUCAUUUACCAACACCAGUACCGCCACCGCGACAGCAGCCACAUUCAGGAUCUCGGCCACAUAGCCAACAUCAUCGUCAUUCUUCCGGUAUGGUGCGAGUGCCUACAAGGCGUAAAACACAGCCAUUUGCAUGGCUAGUGGCAGGUUUUUGUGCACUUUUCUGGGUCAUGGUAAUAGUAGCUGGCCUAGCAAUCCUCAUCAUCUAUCUUGUCUUUCGCCCAAGAAAUCCAAAGUUUGACAUUACAAGUGCUACACUCAAUGCAGCCUAUCUUGACAUGGGCUAUCUCCUCAAUGCAGAUGUUACUAUACUUGCAAACUUCACAAAUCCAAACAAAAGAGGGAGAGUAGAUUUCCAUUAUGCUAUCUUAGAUCUUUAUCAUGGUGGUAAUCUUUUAGCUUCGAGUUACAUCGACCCUUUUUCGACGAUGAGCCACGAGUCGAGGUUUCAAGAUGUUCAUUUGGUGAGUAGCCAGGUUAGGCUACCUUUAGAACAUAGCCAACAAUUGAAGAAGGAAGUGGAGAGUGGAAGAGUGAAGUUUGAGGUGAAGGGAUUGUUUAGAGCAAGGUCUAAUUUAGGAAGUUUUCUUCAAUAUUCUUAUUGGUUGUAUAGCCAAUGUACUAUUGUGGUAACUAGCCCUCCAACUGGUGUCUUGAUUGGCAGAAAGUGUGUCACAAAGCGUUAACAGUAAAGUUCUUCCUCUCGAGCCGAGGGUCUUUCGAAAACAGCUUCUCUACCUCCCAGGGUAAGGUCUGCGUGCCCAUUACGCUCCCCAAACCCUUCUUGUGGGACCCUAUUGGGUUGUUGUUGCUGCUCUUUCAGUCAUGUUUUGGUUUUUUGGUUUUUUUUGUAAAAAGAAAUGAUGUUUAAGAUGUGAUUUGGAACA